AUGUCUUCUGAUUGGGAAAAUGUUACUUAUAUAGGAUCGAAAGUCAGAGGUGGCGGUGGUGGUCCAAGAGAGAAUGUGGUAAAAUCUCAAAGUCAGUUGAACGCCGCUAGGAGAGCCGGGAACGUCGUCGGAACAGAAAAAAAAUAUGGCAGCACCAACAGCAAGGCUAAUCCAGAGGGCCAAAGAUUGACAAAGCUUGAUGCUACGGAUGAUGUUGUACCUACGAAAAAAAUUGAUACGAAUGUUGGUAAGACUAUUCUGAAGUUCAGACUAGAGAAGAAGUUAACGCAAAAAGAUUUGGCCACCAAAAUCAACGAGAAGCCAACAGUCAUCAACGACUACGAAGCUGGUAGAGCCGUUCCAAACCAGCAAGUUCUUGGAAAGAUGGAAAGGGUGUUAGGUGUCAAGUUGAGAGGAAAAAACAUCGGAGAACCUUUGUUUAAAAAGAAGUGA